AUGCAACUCCUCAAGUUUUUAAGGCACCAAGAAGCCAAAGACUUGAGGAGUUUCACAAGGCAAGGAGUCGUGGAGAUUUUGACAAGCGCAAAGAGCCAAAGUCUUCAAAGCGAUAAAGGAGCAAAAGUGGCCAAGCAGGUUCGAGAAGAAGAUGAGAAGGCAAUACAAUUUGUUAAUUUAUUCGAUGAAAUAACUCACUUGGAAGGAGAACAAUCAGAAGUCUCAUUCUUAGAGCAAUUGCCUCCUAAACCGGUCCCUAAAUCAUAUACGAUAGUGGGGAAAAAAUUCGUUUCCAACCUUGAUAUUGCUCGCAGUUAUCUGGCAGAUGAAACAAUUGGUAUAAUUGGCAUAUGGGGCAUGGGGGGUGUAGGCAAGACCACACUCUUGAAAAAAAUCAACCAAUCAUUGUUAGAUGAUGCAAACAUGGUAUUUGAUCAUGUGCUAUUUAUCGAAGUUUCACAAAAUACUCAGUUGGAAGAACUUCGGAAAGAGAUUGCUAAAAAAUUGCAUUUGGCCCCUGAUGCUGGUCAACAAGACAUCUUCAAUGCCCUAGAAACUAAGAAUAUUGUAUUGCUCUUGAAUAAUAUAUGGGAGCCAGUAGACCUUGUUGAUCUUGGAAUUAUCAAUCCUUAUAGGGAUGAUGAUGAUUCCACCAAACCAUACAAAUAUAAAGUGAUUUUCACUACUCGAUCAGAAGAUGUGUGUGCCCGGAUGGGGGCAAGCAAAAAGAUUAAAGUGAAAUGCUUGGAAUUAGAUGAAGCAUGGGUUCUUUUCAAGCACAAUGUUAAUCUAGCUGUUAUUGAGUCAGAUGAAAAGUUGAAGAAAAUAGCAAGGGAAGUGAUGAACAAGUGUGGUGGUUUGCCACUUGCUCUGCAAGUGGUGGUUAUGAUACUCUACCUAGAAAUAUUCAGGAGUGUUUCUUGUGUGCUUCCCUUUUACGAUGGUUAUCCAAAGAAGAUGCCAAAUUUGUCAUAUUUGGAUCUUCAAGACACUGGUAUCGAAGAACUUCCAAAGGACAUCAAAUGUUUGGUUAAUUUGCAAUACCUAAACAUUUCAAACACAAAUAUCUCAUCACUUCCGAAGGAGUUGGUAUAUUUGAAAAAAUUGCAACAUCUAAUAUGUGGAGGUUUGAAAGGGCUUGGCAAGGUAGAGGAAGAUCUCAUGUCAAGAUUACGUAAGUCGAAGGUCAUCGACGUAUUUCCAUCUGUGGUGGUAGACCUCGAAGAUUGCAAAGAUCAUGGAUUCUUGGCGGUUCUAGUAAUUGAAUCAUGCCCACAGCUUAAGGAGCUUGUGAUGAAUGGAAGUGGGAGUCAUCUCAAUUACCUCGAUAUCUUUAAUGUUGAAAAACUGCAGAACAUUAUCUGGAUAAAUCUAUCACCUGCAGAAUUUUUUCUUGUGUUGCAGUUGUUAGAAAUAUCGGGAUUGGUGUUGGUAAACUGUGUUGUUGGCUCUGCAAUGCAAAUGAAGUGCAUGGAGUCGACAGCAAGUAUUCAACAAAUCCAGAGGAUAGAUUCGGUCUCACUCAGACCUCUUAGGAUGAUCCAGUCAAACCUGAUGAUCAAUCAAAGCUUCAAUUUCACUGCUGCUAAUUUAAGAGCAUUUUGGUCAAUUUCCUCAAACGUAUUCAAAAUUAGGGAACAAGAUGGGAGAAGCUCUGCAAGGCAAAACUUUGAUCUGAGUGAACAAUCAGAAAGAUCAUCUGUCGAGAAGGUGAAAUUUGACAACUAA